AUAAAUAAAAUAAAUAAAUAAAACAUACAUAUUUUGCAGAAUAUCUGAAAGAGAUCAUUCGAAGUCCUCAGGACAUUUUGCAGUGGGGAACAUUCCAGUAUACUCUUGAAUGAUGAAGUUUUUUUCCAAUUUUCAGAAUCAUACAUUAUAACAUGUGUAACAAAGGACACGUCAUAAACCCUCACAUAUACGUACAUAGAAAUAAUACAAUUGGUGAAUAGCCAGCCAUGGAGAGGGUCAUACAAAUGAAGGGAUUUUGACGAUGGUAUAAAAAGAAAGUUCCAUAUAAUUCACAAACACACGCAUACACACACACUCCCACAUGAAGCGGAGGCCCAAUAUUGACUGACAGAAAGAUAAAUAUUCAAGUGAUCUAAACCAGUAUGUACCAUGAAAUUGACGCUUGGGCUUGUCGUUGUAUGGCUGUAUUGCGAAUAAACACCAACAAUCUGAUGAUGAUGAGACCUAUCAUGAUUCCUGGCAGAAAAUAAUAUGGUGUGCGGCAUGCAGGAGCUUUGCUCAAUUGUAAAUCUCAUGGACAUUAAGUGAGUUCACCUGCAGUUUGUGUUAACGCCUCAUUUAAACGCAGUGAAUCAUUUGAAUCGAAUCCAUGAAUGCCAAAUGUAUGUGUGAAAAUUCUUAAUAUAAUAUCAUUUAUCAUUUAAAGAGCUGACAAACAAACUCGUACACAUCCCGCAGGCCAAUCCUCUUACAGAAAUGGAAAAUCACGCGUGGAAACUACUCGGGGAGUCUACUUAAAGGAAUAAUGGAAAGUCUCCCUCAGAAAAAUCACAUGAAGCGGUUAAGUCGAGUCUUAAAGAUAGAUGGACCAGUUAAGCAACAUCAGGUAACAACAUAGCAACAAUGCAGAUGCUCGUGCAUGGUUGCUAUGUUGUCACGGGAACUCAAACACAUGAUCAGUAUGUAAGAUGUAAAUCUGCUGCGUGUGUGAUGGUGGCAUGACGAGGAUCAUUCGCCUCCACACACACACACAAACAUCCCCCAACUAAAUAUGUGUAUUGUUGUUGAAGCUGCUCACGGGGAGUGGUGGUGGUGGUGGUGGCGUUGGUCAUCCAGCUCACUUCGGGAUUAGAAACAAGCAGCCUAACGUGCCGAGGGUAUAAAUACUCGUGCGUCCUCCAGUCUCCGCUCAGUCCUUACGCACCGACUUUUACGCACGGAUCAGAAGAAGACGGCCACCGAGUUAGAGAGUCAAAUAUCACCACAGCGACUUCUACUUCACAGCAGAGAGUUUGGGGAGAGAAAGAAAAUUAAAAGAGUAUGUCGGUGGUGAGCGCAGCUCCGUUCAAGCCGCUCUACAUGCGCUCACCGGUGCCGCGAGGCCGCCGCCACACGCUGCCGGCCAGCGAGUUCCGCUCCCUCAGCCCGGAGGACGCAGUCAGCGUGUUUGAGAUUGAGAGAGAAGCCUUCAUCUCCGUGUCUGGCGAGUGUCCCCUGCACCUGGAUGAGGUGCGUCACUUCCUCACGUUGUGUCCAGAGUUGUCUCUUGGCUGGUUCGAAGAGGGACGUCUGGUGGCUUUUAUCAUUGGCUCUCUGUGGGACCAGGAGAGGCUCACCAUGGACGCUCUGACUCUCCACAAGCCUCAUGGGACCACUGUCCACAUCCAUGUCCUCGCAGUCCACCGGACUUUCCGCCAGCAGGGCAAAGGCUCCAUCCUGAUGUGGCGGUACUUGCAAUACCUCAGGUGCCUGCCCUACGUCCGGCGUGCAGUGCUCAUGUGUGAGGACUUCCUGGUUCCCUUCUAUCAGAAGUCAGGUUUCAAGGCACAGGGCCCCAGUGAGAUCACAGUGGGGCCUCUCGCCUUCAUCGAGAUGUUCUACCCAGUGAGGGGCCACGCCUUCAUGCGCCGCAACAGUGGUUGUUGAGGACAGAGCGGCGGGGGUGUGUGCGUUCUCUCGGUUUGUCCCCCCUGUGGAAACAGGACUAGGGGAUGUGAGCAGCUGUGUGAGCAGCUGUGAGAGCAGCAGCUGUGUUCAUGAGCGACCAGCACAGUCAUGGUGUUUGUGAUCGUCACAGCGAGAGAGAGAAUUGCUCAGCAGACGAUGGUGACCUGUGAGUCGGCAGAGAACUGAAGUCGAAUCGAAAAGCUACCACCAACAGCUGUCUGGAGAAAUCUUUACUUGCAGUCAAGACAUAAAACUAAAUCAUUAGUGCAGACUCUGGAAAGAAUACAAAUCCUUAUUUCAAAUUUCAGUUUGUUUUAAUAUGUAAUUAUUUUCUUUAUGACGAUAAAUGCUGGACAUUUAUCAUUAUAUUUAACAGAAGACCUUUGUUUUUUAUGUAUUUAACCAGUCUAAAAUGGCACAUAUACUGUGUAAAGCCAAUAGGGUAAUGUCUCAUCAAUAAAACAAGUACAUAUCCAUUA